AUGGCCCUGGCUCCAGGUGAUGAAAAAAAGAGGAUCCGUAAGCCUCUUACAUUGAAUCAAAAGUUGGAAAUGAUAAAGAUGAGUGAGCAAGGCAUGUCCAUCUCAGAUAUAGGCCGCAAGUUAGGUUUGGCUCGCACAACAGUUAGCACAGUGGUGAACGCUAAAGAAAAAUACUUAAAAGAAGUAAAAAGGGCUACUCCAGUGCACACAAAAGUGAUUCGCAAGAGAGACAACCUUAUUGCUGAAAUGGAGAAGCUGCUAGUGGUUUGGAUAGAAGAUCAAACCAGCCACAAAGUUCCUUUAAGCCAAGCCAUUAUUCAAAGCAAGGCACUAUCCUUGUUUAAUGCAAUGAAGACUGAUAGAGGUGAGAGUGCUAAAGAUGAAAAUUUUGAAGCUAGCAGAGGUUGGUUUAACAGGUUUAAGGAAAGAAGUCAUCUGCACAACAUUAAAGUGCAAGGGGAAGCAGCUAGUGCAGAUGUUGAAUCUGCAGAGGCUUUUCCAGAAGAGCUGGCUAAAAUUAUAGAAGAUGGUGGUUACACCACACAGCAAAUAUUUAAUGUUGAUGAAACAGGCCUUUUCUGGAAAAAAAUGCCAUCUAGGACAUUCAUUGCAAAGGAGGAAAAGUUAAUGCCAGGAUUCAAAGCUGCAAAGGAUCGACUAACACUGCUUUUAGGUGCUAAUGCAGCUGGUGAUUUGAAGCUGAAGCCUAUGAUGAUCUACCAUUCUGAGAAUCCCAGGGCUCUGAAAAACUAUGCUAAAUCUAGCCUGCCUGUUUACUACAAAUCAAACACUAAAGCCUGGAUGACUGCAAGUCUAUUUACAACAUGGUUUACAGAUUAUUUUAAACCCACAGUUGAAGCCUACUGCAAGGAAAAAAAAAUUCCUUUUAAAAUGUUAAUGCUUACUGACAAUGCACCUUCUCACCCACGAGCAUUAAUGGAAAUGUACAAUGAGAUUCAAGUUGUUUUCUUGCCUGCAAACACCACAUCUAUUCUUCAGCCUAUGGAUCAGGGAGUGAUUGCAACCUUCAAAGCAUAUUAUUUGAAGAAGACAUUUACUGCUGCUAUAACUGCCUUAGAUAGCGAUGCAUCUGAUGGUGCUACACAGAACAAAUUAAAAGCCUUCUGGAAAGGAUUUACAAUUCUAGAUGCUAUUAAAGCAAUUAGAGAUUCCUGGAAUGAAGUUUCAGAAUCAGCAUUGAGACGUGUGUGGAAAAAGCUAAUCCCCACCUUUAUGGAUGAUGUUCCCGGCCUUGAGACUUCGGUAGAGGAAGUCAAUGCUAGCGUUGUGGACAUGGCUAGACAACUGGAACUAGAAGUGGAGCCUGAAGAUGUUACAGAAUUGCUUGCAUCUCAUGACCAGCCAUUGACAGAUGAAGAUUUGAUUAUGAUUGAAGAGCAAAGAAGACUGUUUCUUGAAACUGAUGGUUCUACUGAUGAAGACCCAGUUUGCAUUAGGGAAAUGCCAACAAAAGAAUUAGAGGAAUAUGUCAAUUUAAUUGAAACGGGUUUGGCAGGUUUGGAGCAGAUUGAUGGCAAUUUUGAAAGAAGUUCUUCAGUUAAUAAAAUUGUGUCAAAUGGAAUUGCAUGUUAUAAAGAAAUACUUCGAGAAAGGAAGCGUCAGUCCAUGAAGCAAACUUCUUUGCUAUCAUAUUUUAAUAAAGUCCCACAGCCAUCAUCAUCACCUUCAACAUCAAGACCUGAUGAAUCUUUGUCAAGUUCUCCACCUUCAAAACUGAUUUGCAUUGAAAACUCAGAUGAUGAAUCAUAAGCAAAGAUAAGCAAUAAAGCACAUACCACUGUAUUGUACUACAUGUUGUACUGUACAGUACCUGUAUACAGUAUAUGUAUCCCUUUCUACUGUCUGCAUAACUGAAUACAGUAGUGUACUGUCUUUUGUUGUUAUUAAACUAAACUUAGCACUA